AUGACUACCACGGUCUUCACUAAUGGACGUAUCUUCUGUCCAACUGAUUCUAGCGAUGAGUUUGCCACGGCAAUCGUCAUUUCGGGUGAUCGCAUUGAAUAUGUGGGGGGUGAGAAAGAUGAGGUCGUGCUGCAGGCAUCACACUCAGCUACUCUGGUGGACUUGAACGGAAAACUAGUCCUUCCAGGCUUCAUUGAUGCCCAUGUUCACAUUCUCAAUUUUGGCCUUUCCUUACAAAAGCUCGAUCUAAUGCACUGUAAGUCCCUGUCAGAAAUUCAGAAAAAUAUCCGGGAUUACGGGACUGCAAAUCCUCUAGAGCCACGGAUAUUGUGCCGUGGGUGGUCCCAAUCCACGACCGAAGGUCAGACUCACGCCUCUGCAAUUGAUGAGCUUGACCCCCGACCCAUUUAUAUCGAGGCCCUGGAUCUUCACUCUACAUGGUGCAACAGUGCAGCGCUUGAGGAACUUCAAGUAGAGGAAAUCGAUGAUCCACCCGGCGGCCGAAUUCAUCGAAACGCAGACGGUCGGCCCUCGGGAGUGCUUGACGAAGCAGCCCAAUUCAAUAUUGUAUGGCCAUUUCUGGAUAAAGUGGCUUCUGUGGAAAAGAAGAUGACGGCUAUUGAUGCAGCAUUCACUGCCCAUCGACAGGCUGGCUAUACAGGUCUUGUGGAUAUGGCGAUGGAUGAGAACAACUGGGCAGCGUUGGAGAUGUAUCGCAGUCAGCAUGGCGAGCCUCCUUUCCACAUCGCAGCGCAUUGGCUAAUUCCUUACUCUCGCGACGAUUCGGAAAUAUGCGAUCAUAUUGAUCGUGCGAUUUCUAUGCAUCGCCAAUUUAAUCGCCAGAACUCGCCAUUGUUCUGUAUCAAUGGAAUAAAACUGAUUUGCGAUGGUACAGUCGAUGGCUGUACAGCAGGCCUUUUGCAACCAUAUGGUGGCUGUUCAGAUUUGACCGAUCCUAUCUGGCCCAAAGAAGCACUUUCAUUGGCGAUUAAUCAGGCCACGGAUGCUGGUCUUCAGUGUGCCCUGCAUGCGAUUGGAGAUCGCACAGUCCAGGAUGCAAUCGAUUGUUUAUCUCAGUUACCAUCCCUUCGAGAAUGUCGACACCGAAUCGAGCAUCUUGAACUCACCACUGAGGAAGAUGCUAAACGACUAGGCGAUCUUGGAAUCGUCGCAUCAGUGCAGCCAGUACAUUCUGAUCCAGCGACUUUUGAUUCAUGGCCUUCUCUUAUCGGUCCUGAUCGCUGUAAAAGAGCCUUUGCUUAUCGUGAGUUUUUUGAUGGUGGUGCAACCCUAGCCUUUGGCACCGAUGCCCCCACCGCGAAGCAUUUACCCCUUCCUAACCUCUUCAACGCGACCACGCGCCGCUCCGCCCUCGAUCCCGACAUGCAGGAGACCGUCAAUCCGGAAUUUGCUCUCCCGUUAGCCACGGCUGUUUCAGCUGCUACAUCAGGAGCCGCGUUUGCAUCUUUCUCCGACUCAUUCACCGGGCGGCUACAGGCUGGUCUACAAGCUGAUUUGGCGAUGCUUGACAUGCACUGGUCACCAGAACAGUUACUCGAGGCAAGGGUCUGUCAAACAUGGUACAGAGGAAGGAAGGUCUUUGACAUCGAUAAACAGGAAGUAACUUAUGAUUCAGAAUGA